AUGAAAUCAGAGGAGAGGGAAAAGGCAGGAAAGCAGCCUUCAGACUUAACAGAUUGGUUCUGGCGAUGGACCCAGAAGCAGAAAGAUUAUAAUCUGAAUGAGCUAGACAUUGCCCAAUUGCUUGCUGCAAAUACUUUCGGAGCUAGCUUUAACACUACUGUGGUUCUUGUCCAGUGUCUCUGUGAGCUUGCCACAAGACCAAAAUAUAUUAGUCUUAUCAGACAAGAGGUCAUCGGGGUUCUUCGGGCCAACAAUGAUACUUGGACCAAGGAAGGAAUUGAUUCAAUGAAAGUAUUGGACAGCUUCAUAAAGGAAUCACAUCGCUAUAACUGCUUUGAUCAUGCCGGGACACCUCGCGUUGUCAAGCAAGACUUCCGAUUCAAGGCUGGUCUUCAUAUUCCAAAGGGGACAGUUCUCAUGACACCGAACGCACCAAUGUUAUUUGACGAAGGAUACGUGAAAGACCCCUUUGAAUUUGAUGGUAUACGGUUCUAUGAACUUGCCAAUAGCUCUAAGACGCCGGAAAUGUUUAGAUAUACUUCUACAAAUCCUCAUUACCUUCAGUUUGGAGAUGGAAAACACGUUUGCCCAGGGCGCUUUUUUGCAGCGGAUGAGCUCCGGCUCAUUCUGGCGUACCUGGUCUUUCAUUUCGAGAUCAAGUUACAGAGGGCCUUGCCGGAGAACCUCAAAAUCAAGAGGCACAACGUGCCGUACUUGGGAAUAAAUGUCCUCUUGAAGAAAAUAGAAAGGUAA